GUUCUCGCGUUCUCUCUCUUCUGCUCUCGAAGUCGAACCCCCUUGGAAGCUGGACCAGCUGGAGCCCCACCGAAGCAUCUCUGUCUCUCUCGCCGGAGAAGAAGGAGAAGGAGAAGAGGUAGCAGCAUCUUCUCGCUCCUCAUCCUCAACAUCUCCUUCCGUAGCUCUCUCCUUCCCCCUGCUUCGACUCCCUUCGGCUCCGCCGCUAUCAAUGCCUCACGCGGUUGUUUCGCAAGGACCACCGCCGACGACCUCUUCCCUCUCUUCGACAAGUACGGCAAGGUCGUCGACUUGUUCAUUCCCAGGGACUGGAGGUACGUGUUUUUCCUCUUCUCCGUUGAAUUUCUUUGUUGCCGUGUUCUGAUGUGGCCACGCGGGACUGGGGAGUCGAGAGGAUUCGCAUUCGUGAGGUACAAGUACGCGGAUGAGGCGCAGAAGGCGGUGGACAAGCUCGAUGGGAGAGUCGUGGACGGGAGAGAGAUUGGGGUUCAGUUCGCCAAGUACGGUCCCAAUGUGGAGAGAAUCAAUAAGGGGAGGAUUGCCGAACUGGUUUCAAAGAUAAGAAGGCAGUCAAGAAGUCGUAGUCCUCGUCCAAGGUACAGAGAUGAAUAUAGAGACCGUGAUUGCAGGAGAAAUUGCAGUAGAAGCAGGGAACAAUAUGAUCACGACAGGUACAGAGACAGGUAAAGGAGUUAUCGCCACCGAAGUACGAGCUAUAGCGCAAGUCCUGAUCAUCGCAGAGACCGAAGGGCAUCCAAGUAUGAUGGUGAGGACUGAAGUCGGAGUAGAUCAUACACAAGUUCAUCCUGGAGUCCUUGGAAAGCCGAAUAUGAGAGGAGUCACUCUCCAAAUUAGAGACCUUCUGCACUUGAAAGUCCUGAUGUACAAAAUGGUGAAAUAGAUUCUCAGCUCCACAAAGAUGUGCCCAGUGGAUGUCCUGCCGAUUCCCCUAGUGCUUCUCCACAUAGUCCAUAGAUCGAGUGGUAAAGUGAUGAAGGAUGAGUGCCCAAGGUCGCGGGAGUCAUUUUUGCUCGACAAACUAUUUUACUUUCUCCUGAGGUGCUCUUGCUUGGGUGGACAUACUUUGUUGCAUGUGGUGAUUUGGAUAUUAAUCCUAGGUUUAGUCAGGCAUGAUGUUUUCCUUCUUGAAGGCAAGCUAGUCCGUCUAUUCCGACUUCAGUGGUUAUCAUGAUACUCUGAUCUUACUCUUGUGCUAUAUUGUGCAUUCAUGGAGUUCAUUUAAAGCCUUUCUUGGUUUUAAGUAUUGUUGAUGAAGUGUGUCAGUUUAAUCAUAUGUACUGCACAUGGACAACGAGAGACUUAAUUGUUCUGGUGUGAUCCUGCACUUUCGUUUGC